UAAAAGGGUAUAUUUUGGGGUGGAAACAGUGCAGAGUAGUUUAAGCCUUUUAAGACUUAUUUACAAGCUAUAAACUUGAUAGAUGUUAACCCUUUAACAAAUUAUUUUGGGCUUUUUGUAAAUCUAUCUCAACACAAUUUUUUUUGAAAAUGUUAGUUCCCCAACAUUCAACAAUAUUGGUAUUUGUGGAUGUGUUCUGUCAUUUCUUUGCCUGGCUUGUCCCUUUGAAUAAGUGUAUUCACACUGUAAACUAUGAAUAAAAGCUUGGCCGAUGCUGACAGACAUGUGACCCAUCCAAACCACUGCAUUGUCCAUCAACAAAUAGAGAACAAAGCACAGGAUUUCCUCUACAAUUCUGGGUUACCUUCACGUGGUCAUCUGAUCCCUAAAUGACAGCUCAUUUGGACCAUGCUGCUGAUGAACAGAAUGAAGCAGAGAGCGGACUUCUAAUAACCAGCGCCGGUACAUCAUGUCUUAAAUGUCCAUGGGUCACCUUAUCCAAAAGUGGCCUAAUAUGACAAAGGAGACUGCCCGGUCAGUGCCACUGAAUUUCUUCAUUCUCGCCUUUGGUGCUGGGUUUCUCUUACUUAUAUUCUGCCUUAUUUUUUGCUGCUGCUUUUUCAGACUCAAGCAGCAGGAGCAGUACAGGAGACGAGGCUACAAGAAGGUGGUGCUAAAGAACAAAUCAAAGAAAACCAACCUGAUCGGGCAAGUGUGUGCCGUGUGUCUGGAGGAGUUUAGAGAGAAGGAAGAGCUUGGCCUGUGUCCUUGCACCCAUGCCUUCCACACAAAGUGCCUGAUGAAAUGGCUAGAAGUGCGAAACUCUUGUCCAAUGUGCAAUAAAACCAUUUCAAUGCCUCCGCCCAAACCUUCCUUGGAACACAUGUGAAGAAGUCUUCUGGUCUAAGUUUAGCUAGCUCUGGUGGCUGAGCCCGUGGAAACGUGUAAAGGGGAAAGCAACAUGAGCUUGUCAUCGAGGCUCAGCUGUCAACACUCUGAGGUUAGGCGAGGUAACAGGCACGCUCACCCUUGGUCACAUCAGUCAGCGAGCGGUAACCCAUCUUCAGAAAUAGAUCAGAUAUUUAAUCAGAAGAUACCGUGGACGUAUUAUACGGCAUAUGCUGUAAUCUGGCUGGAGGAGGGGAAGGAAAGUAAAACAUGGAGGGUUGGAGGAAGUGUAUAAGGUGAAUGGGGUAUAGAUAAAUGAAGGUAUACAAGGUAGUAUCAUGGAUAAGGCCAGUGUCAGGCCACUGUAUGAUCGAUGCCAUUACAGGACCCUUUUGCAAUUAUACUGCACAAAACUUAGAUCACCAUAGAAUUCUGAAGUGAUCCAAGUUUAUUUCAGUAGAAACAUGGGAAGUCCAGAUACUGAAGCUAUAAUUUGGACACUAAAAUGAGGUCCUAUUACAGGUGUCCGAGACCAGCCUAAGGGCUCAUGCACACGACCGUAUGCCC